AUGGCGGAACAAGCCCUCGGGCUCGGCCUGACCGCCGUUCCCGUUGCCAUCAAGCACCACGAGAAGGUCUGGGAUCCCAUACACCACCGAUACAAGAAGAUGCGCGGGCAACUGCCAAAGGAAGACGAGGAUAUCUACGAGCAGCGCACCAUGGAAGAGAAGGGGCUUGUCCUGCGGCGUCGGCGCGACGUCGCCCCGGACGAGAAAAUCGUAGAGGUGGUCCGGCACAGGGGCGAAGUUCUCCCUCGGCGACCAGGGCAGCGACGGAGGGCCAGCUCCAUGAACAACGAUCGUGCACUGGUCGGCGGCGCAGCGGCUGGAGCUGGAGCUGGAGCAUACGGCCAUUACCGAGAUCGACGAGACUCUUACUACGACGAUUCGGAGGGGUCCGUACCACCUCGAUCCCGGGUACGAGCGAAAUCCGCCUCGGGUCGAUCUCGACGGGGCCGUAAGUCGUCCGGUUCUUCGUCUUCGUCCUCUUCCUCAUUGCCCUCGUCCACCGAGGAAGAAAAGAAUUGUCGCAAGUUAAAACGCAAAAAAUGGGUCACAGCUGCAUUGGCCAGCGUCGCCACCAUCCACGCUGCAUCGAAAGUAUAUUCCUCGAUCGAAGCCCACGACAAACGCAUGGAAAAGGUCAGAGAAGGUACCUUAUCCCCCGAAGACGCCCAUAAGCAGCAGCGAGCUUCGCGCUGGCAGGAUGCCGCAGCCAUCGGUAUCGCAGCAUUGGGUAUCAAAGGCGCGGUGGGCGAAUGGAACGAGGUGACUGAAGAGCACGCUCAACACAAACAGAUGCUGUUGGAUAGAGAAGAACAUCAUAAAAAGCGAUUGGAGCGGGAGCGGCGGCAACGAGCCAGGGAAAGGGGUGGUUAUUACAAAGGACGAGACGGCCAUUGGUAUUAUGAUGGGGCCGUCCCCCAGAGCAGCUCCAGUCAUCGUGGAGGAAAUGGACCAGGAGGCCGCUAUGCUGACUCAAACUUGGUCAAAGAAUCCGGUCGCGAACGAAGAAGGAUCGAAGACGAGGACGAUCAUGAUAGACGGUACAGGCCUCGGCGCGCGGUGAGUCGGAGUCGUUCGGACGACUACUGA